UGACGCUUUUGCCAGCGCUUCCUGUCAGACUUCGGUGUUUUUUUUUUAUUUUUAUGGAUAAUGAGGUGUUCGUUUGCUUCACCUCAAAUUUAUUGGACUUGAUGGUCCCGCUGGUUUCGUGAGGAUAGCGUCACGGAGCGCAUUAAGCUGGGCGUGUAGGGAUGACCGAAGUGUCGUCACCCAGCCACAGUGCGGACUCUGGACGCGAGUUUGAAGAGGACCUGCGCAAGGCUCUGGACGACACGCCCCCACUAAACGAGAGUAGAGACGUAGUUCACUCUGGAGGCGCAAUGCCUCACCCAGAAGGUCACCGGCCUGCCAGUCAACAGCAGCGAAGUAAUGUGCCGCCGAGUUCAUUCAGUUCACCCUGGGCUGCUCAGCCACCUGCGACCACAAGUGUACCACUCACGACACCAAGUCCAGUGCAGAAUGGCAGCGACCCCCGAGUGACCAAGGCUGGCCACUCCAAGAUUGACUACCUCCGCCAAUGGAGUGUCUCCACUUACAAGUGCACAAGGCAGAUGCUCUCAGAGAAGCUAGGGAAGGGCACAAGGACGGUGGACACCGAGCUGGAAGCUCAGAUUGACCAGUUGCGAGACACGCAGGCGAAGUACUUACACGUACUGCGCCUGGCGCGUGCCCUCGCCUCGCAUUUCCACCAGGUGGUUCAUACUCAGGGCUGCCUGGCAGAAGCAUUCCAGGAACUUGCACACCGCAGCCCACCACUGCAGGAUGAGUUCCGGUACAAUGCCGAGGCGCAGCGGUCACUGAGCAAGAAUGGCGAGACGCUGCUCGGGGCGCUCAACUUCUUUGUCUCCUCCCUGGCCACCCUUUGCCACAAGACCAUCGAUGACACGCUCCUAACGGUGCGAUUGUAUGAGAGUGCACGCCUGGAGUACGACGCCUACCGCACAGACCUCGAGGAGCUCACCCAGGGCACACAGGGCACUGCCAUCUCCUCCAAGAUGGACGAGGCCCAACGCAACUUCGCCAUCCACCGAGACAAGUACGAGAAGCUCAAGGCUGACGUCACAAUCAAGAUGAAGUUUCUUGAAGAGAACAAGGUGAAGGUGAUGCACAAGCAGCUGCUGCUGUUCCACAAUGCGGUGUCAUCUUACUUUUCGGGCAACCAGGCCUCGCUCGAGGCCACCCUCAAGCAGUUCAACAUCAAGACACAUUAAUGGAAGGCGUGGCCACCAACAUCUUUUACUUCUCAGGAGGUGUAGACAGGUUGUCCAACUUUUCAUAGUUACAUGGAAAGGCUGAUGUAACCAUCUAGCGGAGCACAAUUAUGUGCCUCUUAAAAUGCUCUGCUUGCCUCCUUUUGUGUUCUUUUUUCCCUGACCUGUUGUCUGUAGCUUCUUAUUGCACACGUAUAAUUUGUUGCAGCCAUUCCUCUAGUCAGAAAUUUGUGCAGUUGCCAUAGCUUUGCCCAAGGCAUAAUGGAUUUUUGUUUCAUGUGUGCAUGUACAUAAGGGUAAAGAUAGUAAAAGAUUGCUCUCUGCUGGUGCCUCGAUCAAGCUUAUGGUGUACUGUGUGUUUGUAGACAACAGACUUUUGUGUGUUCAAGAAAGUUUUUUUUUCUUUUUCACACUUUUUACUAAAGUGCAGUGUGAACAUACACACUCAACUGCAUGACAGGUCGGCAAGUGCUAUACUUUGGGCCAGAUUGGUGCGUGUGUGUUCUUCUGGAAGGCAGAACAGUUUCGGCCUUUUAGCUGGGGUCGCUGUUUUUGAAGCCUUUUAACUAAACACUGUUCGGCUUAACUUUGCACAUGGCUUGCCUCUUUACUCUAGUUGUCAUGCCCUUUGGUUGACUAUGAGAUUUUUCUUAUUUAAGAGAAAUGCAUCUAUAAGUUAGGACCUGUUUUUAACAUAUAGGUUUAUGUCAAAGAAUUUUUCUCUUGCAACGUGUGAAAAAAAAAAAAAAUGUGCGAGGAAUAGCAGACGCUCUACAUACGUCUGCUGUGUUUGUCAGAUUUGUGCAUGGUAGUACGUGAGCACUGCCUCGCAAUUUUAAUUUUUUUUCAUCUGAAGAUACUAAGUCCUUCUCUUGCAUUGGCAUGCCUCACUCAGGUGCCAGUUUACAUUCAGCAGACUCCUUUUAUUUUAUUCAAUUCCAGAGGAAUGCUUAUUCUAGGCUUUCACAAGCAGAUGCUUCAGGCAGUAAUAACGAUCACUUACAAAUUUUUUCUUCAGCAGCUACAAAGACUGAUUGCCUUUGACUUGCAUUGCUUGAAGCAGCAGAAUGAAGUUAAAGCAAAUGUCUAUUAAAUGUGAGAAUUUGCUUUGAACUGUGAUCAGAUCACAAAAUAUAUCGUAACAGCAUUUUUCAUACCACGGUCCGUGUCUUAAAGGGGUCCUCUGGAAAGUUUUAGGACAUCUACUAGCACCACAGCAUUAUAUUGUCUAGCAGUCUUCGGUAAACAACCCAUAAACACCGGGAACUUAUUUUUUCAGGCAUCAACAAACCAGGAAAAUUCUGUGAAAUGCUUUUUUGUCAUGAAUAUGAAACUUGACAUGAUACAGCUUAGCUGUCACAGUAUGAUUUCAUAUGUGGCUUGAUGCUCUAAUGUGUACUUGUAGACGACUACUGGAAAAAACAAAUGCCGCACAGCCGAUCCAUAAAGUUUAAUGUGUUGAACGAGUGCAAAAAUGCAAAAAGAAAACAUGAUACAGAGAGCGAGGCUAUGAUUGACUGAAAGACAUGCAUGACGUCGCAUGCCAUGUGGAAAUUUCAUAAACGUUUACAAUUUCUUCAAUUGAUUCUGCAACAAGUAAAUCUCAUUUUGUGCUGUUAUGACCAGUGUAGCUUUACUAACAGGCAUGUUUUAUAUAUAAUGUCACUUUUCUCCAGGUUAAGGAUUGCCAGACAAUAUUGUUAAUUGACUUCUUCAUUGAUUGUUGUUUAUUACUAAUGUAAAGAAAGCUAAUAUGCAAUUCUGGCAGAUCGAAACAUGCUGUAUUGUCAUGCAUAUAAUGUGCUACUGCAGUUGCGAGCCUCAGUAGAACCGAAAGAAGUCUGCAUACAACUUGCACAAGUAACUGCACAAAGUGGUAAUACUUAGUAAAUCUGGGCAGCACAAUUGUUGGUACAAAUUAAAGCUCCAAAACGAUCCUUAUUUUGUACAAUAGCUGUCACUGCUGCCCUUGUCAGGGUAUCAUAAAACUCAUAGUAGCAAGUUGUACAUGUGAAAAUACAGUAAUAGCUCUUGGUUGUUCAUGACUGUUUUGAUUACUCCUAGAGCGAGGACAGCCUUGAAUAAUUUACAAGUAAAAGGUGUCAGUAACAGCCAAAAGUUUGAGAGCCACUGUGCUAGACUAACCAACUCAUCAACUAUGUGUACUAACCUAGCUUACCAGUGCUAACCCAAUCUGGCUGCUGUAGUGGUAUUCACUUUAUUCUUGCAGUUAAUUUUGCUCCGUAGUUUGCCUCAUGGACCUUGUUCUUGCUACACAAGCAUUAGCUGCCAUAAACAAACUGCUGGAGUGAUGCGCAUUAUUUUUGUAAUAAUGGAACUCAAAUAGGAUGCCUGAAUUAUUGCUUGCUUGUGUUGAGCUGCUUGAAGUCAAUAAAAAAAGAAACUGGA